UUAUAAAUAAAAGCCACCUCAACUUCUUCUACUCACUGCAUCUCUCAAUUUCUCAAACCUAACACUAACACUCUUCUUAAAACAAAAAAUGAAAAUGCAUAUCUCCAUUACAGUUCUUGUUAGUUUCUUGCUCUUGAUCAUGUCACCAGCGUUUCUUUCAUUCUCGACCGCCGCCGCAACAACACCGCAAGAUCUCCUCCGUUCAUCAUGUGCCCAAGCAAGAUACCCAGCUCUCUGCGUUCAAACUCUCUCCAACCAAGUCAGUCCCACAGCGAAGCCCUUAGAGUUAGCUCAGGUCGCCGUUAAAGCCAGUCUCGCUCGCACUCUCACGCUUUCUGUCUACCUCAAGAAUAUUCUAAACACAGAGGUGCCCGUUGGUUCCAAAACCAACAACAGAAAGCGAGUUGCAUUGAGUGACUGUGUUGCUCAGAUUUCCGAUUCCGUUCUUGAGUUAAACCGGACGUUGAACGAGUUACGGAAGCUUCACAUGGGAACGUUCGAGUGGCAAAUGAGUAACGCUCAGACAUGGGCUAGUACCGCUUUAACCAACGGGAACGCCUGUAUUAACGGUUUGAAUAGGAGUGACGCAGAAGAGAAGAUGAAGGUGGAGGUGAAACGUAAGGUUACGGAAGUAUCCAUGUUUACAAGUAACGCUCUCUACUUAAUCAUUCGUCUCGGUGAUAGCAGGAAUCCAAAGCCUCACUCCAAUUCCAAUAACUGAUGCAUCAUCCAUCGUCAUGUUUUUGUGGUUUUGUUUUCCAUGGCGUUGACUAUGUUGACAUAACUUAAUUCGCAUCAAAAUCUUUCAAUUGUAAAGUACGUAAUGCUUUUGUUUAGUUUUUGUUUUUGCUGUGUGCAAAAGACAAGAUGUAAAUCUAUGUUUUUGUAUGCUGUUUCUAAUAUGUUGCCUUAGCUGUCUUCACAUAAGUCAAUGGAAAUUUAAUAAGAUUUUACUGUACUCUAAUUUAAUACAAAUUGGUAUCUAGAACUCCUCAUAGAUUCUUGAUCGUGUUUUCAAGAA